AUGGGUAUUCUCCAGACUCUCUUCCAUGCCGAAGAGAACAUCCAAGGCUCCAAGUUUCGGGCCAUCUUCGUCGGGCUAUUUGUAGCCUUCGGCGGCGUUUUGUUUGGCUACGACACCGGAACCAUUUCUGGUGUCUUGACCAUGGACUAUGUUAAAGAACACUUCACAUCCACUGGCGAGUUCACAGCCGGGGAAACGUCGCUCAUCACGGCUAUUUUGUCAGCCGGCACUUUCUGUGGCGCACUCUUGGCUCCACUCGCUUCCGACACUUUGGGUCGCAGACUUGGGCUCAUCAUUUCCACCAUCAUCUUCACCGUCGGUGUCGUCCUUCAAAUUGCUGCAACCGAACAAAAUCUCUUGAUUGUGGGCAGAGUUAUUGCCGGUGCCGGUGUUGGUGUUUUGUCAGCCAUUGUCCCUCUAUACCAAGCCGAGGCUUCUCCAAAAUGGAUCAGAGGUGCUGUAACCUCCUGUUAUCAAUGGGCCAUUACUAUCGGGCUCUUGCUCGCUGCCUGUGUUAAUCAGGGUACGCAUGCCAGGAAUGACACCGGAUCGUACAGAAUUCCAAUUGCUAUCCAACUUCUCUGGGCUUUGAUCUUGUUUGUGGGGAUGGUGCUUCUUCCUGAAUCACCUAGAUUUUUCGUCAUGAAGGGCAAGGUUCCUGAGGCAAGCAGAGCUUUGUCAAAGCUAAGAGGACUGCCAGAAAGCCACGAGGUUAUCGAGGCCGAACUCGAGGAAAUCGUUGCUAAUUACAACUAUGAAAGAUCAUUUGGCUCUACAUCCAUUUUCGAUUGUUUCAAGCCUGCUAACCAUCAAUUGAAAAGAAUUGUAAUUGGUGUAGCGAUUCAAGGUCUACAACAACUUACCGGUAUCAAUUUCAUUUUCUACUACGGAACUCAAUUUUUCCAGAACUCGGGUAUCAAGGACCCUUUUGUCGUUCAAUUGAUUAUGGGAAUCGUCAAUGUUGUUAUGACAGUCCCAGGCAUUGCUUUGGUAGAAAUUGCUGGUAGAAGAAACUUGCUUCUAUGGGGUGCUAUCGGCAUGUGUGUCAGUGAGCUAAUUGUUGCCGCUGUUGGAACUGCGCUACCUAAUAGUAUCGCUGGAAAUAAAACCCUAAUUGCCUUCUCUUGUACUUUUAUUGCUUCCUUUGCUGCUACAUGGGGCCCACUCGCUUGGGUUGUUGUUGGUGAAAUAUAUCCUUUGAGAGUCAGAGCUAAGUCUGUUGCCGUAUGUGCUGCUUCUAACUGGCUUUUUAACUUUGCCAUUGCAUACGCUACUCCAUACCUUGUCGACACUCAAUACGGAAACCUACAGGCUAAAGUUUUCUUUAUCUGGGGAGGUUGCACUUUCUUGUGCUUUCUAUUCGUGUACUUCUUCGUCUACGAAACCAAGGGUCUCACGCUUGAACAAAUUGACGAACUUUUCGAAACUUGCCCAAGUGCUCGUCAUUCCAAGGCCUUUGUUCCAUCCGAAGGCUUUGCUUCUCAUAAUUCUAACACCUCAGACUCCGAAAAAGCUGCCGUGGUAGUUUUUGAAAAAGUGUAA